AUGAAUGAAACAAGAACUGAAUCUUAUGUUGAGAAAGCUCACGACGAAUUUGGCCUUAAUCCGAAGUGUUCUAUGCACCCUGAGGAUGAUCUCUUUUCGUUCUGUGAUGAUUGCAAAAUUGUCUUAUGUGAUAAAUGUAGUGUUCAUCAUAGAAACCACACUGUAAGAAAAGAGAUAAUGAAAGAUAUAGUUGAUAUUGAGAAAGAUGCAGUCGCAAACGAAAACCGAUAUAUGUCUCAACAAGAUGAUUUAUUUCGAUCAAUGCAAAUGUUAGAAGGUAGUAAAAAAGGUACAGAAAAUCAAAUUGAAAUUUUCCUUCAAAAGAUUCAGGAGCGAACAAAAAAACAGAAAGCAGCUCUUCAUGAACUUUUCAUUCUACAAAUGCCAAUUUUGACAAAGAGAGAAAAAAUAGUUUCAGAACUCAUUCAAUGCGCCAAAUACAUGAAGAUGGUUGCACGAAAAACUCAGUUUUCUAGUGACGAAAUUAAUCCUUUCGCAGCCUAUGAAAAGUUACAAGAAAAAAGAAAAGAAGUUGAAAAAUACAAGCAAGAUCUGCAACAAAAUCGUGUAAAGGAUUUCUAUUUCUCCUUCCAACCUUUAGAUCCCGAUCGUCUUUACGGACAAUUCCAAAACAAAAAAAGAGGCAUAUAUCAGCCAAAAACAGCACAUCCUUCCAAACGGAAGAGGAGUGCAACAAAAAGCACAUCCAGCACUGUGGUAAAUGAAAAACUAACUGAAACUACCUCACCUGCUGUCCUGAACAGCCAUGGUGUUCAUGUUGACUAUAUGAAACUGGCAGCGGAGAUAAUUAUGCAACAAAAAGCUACAUCUCAACAGACUGCACCUAUCCAAGAUCCAUCAGAUAUCUGA